AUCGUCCCCAUCGUCCCCAUCGUCCCCAUCGUCGUCGACCGCCUUCCUGGAAGUUGUUUGUUUGCUUCGGCCUGACUGAGGUGUGGUUGGAGAUCAAGCUACAGUACACACCUACCUCUCGUACUCUUCUCUCCAAGACUCUCUCUCCCCGACUCUUUCUCUCUUCUCAAAACCGAGAAGCCGAUGUCUGGGACAUUGGUUUCUGGAUUCAACACAUCUUCGUAAUUGAAUCUUGUCUCUUAUGGGCGUCUUACUGCUUCCAGCUAUAUCGCCUUGUCUAAUCCUACUUCCAACACGACUUGCUGCGUCCUUUUUGUCGCCUUCAGCUUCAAUCUUACCUUAGCCAGCGCCGUGCAGCCUUUCAGCCUUUCAGCCUUUCAGUAUCGUAUCCCUCGCAUCAUUCGGUUGUUUACAUGUCUGCGCGCAGUUCACCGACACCACUUGGAGCAGAGCAGAACAUUAUCGUUGCCAGAAUCGCUAGCCCGAGCACGCUUUAAAUGCGUAGCAUUUCCAUGGUUCCCUUCAGCCCUAUCUAAUCCUCACCUAGUACCCAGGGCAGCUUCUACACCAUGUCGGUACGCAAUAAUCCUUUCGCGAGGAACAAUGCCCCGCCGCAACAGGGACCGAAUGCCCCUGGCUUGGGCAGGCCAAGAUCCGCCAUCUUCACGAACCCAGCGGCGCCCGUGAUGCCCUCCGCCGGUCCAGCUGCUGGCGCUACUCCGCCUACACCGCCAACCCACAUUCGCAGUCUUUCCCAUGCCUCGAGCACGCCCACACUCGUCCAGCCGAUACCGAUACGCCCAGGGCAAAAGAGCUCCCUGCCCGGCUCGACUACCUUUGCCCCGUCCUUCAUCAAGACGGACGACAUGAGGAAGCAUGCCGACAUAGUCAAGGGAAUCGAAGGCGAGGACUUCUCGGGCAAAAAGUAUGUCUGGCUUAAGGAUCCCCAGGCAGCCUUUGUCAAGGGAUGGGUCGUCGAAGAGCUCCCAGAGAACAAGCUGUUGGUCCAGUGCGAUGAUGGAAGCCAACGGGAGGUGGAUGCCGAAACGGUCGACAAAGUCAACCCGGCCAAGUUCGACAAGGCUAAUGACAUGGCCGAACUGACCCAUCUGAACGAGGCCUCAGUCGUCCACAACCUGCAUACGAGAUACCAGUCCGACCUCAUAUACACAUACUCCGGGCUCUUCUUGGUUGCUGUCAACCCAUAUUGUCCUCUCCCCAUCUAUACCAACGAGUACAUCAACAUGUACAAGGGGAGAAACAGGGAGGACAACAAGCCCCACAUCUUCGCCAUGGCCGACGAAGCUUUCCGCAACCUUGUUGAUGAGCACGAGAACCAGAGUAUCUUGGUCACCGGCGAGUCAGGUGCUGGCAAGACGGAAAAUACAAAGAAAGUCAUCCAAUACCUGGCCGCUGUGGCGCACCCAGACCCUUCGGGCAGGACUAGAGGUUCUCAGCAUUCGAAUCUGUCGGCGCAAAUCCUCAGGGCCAACCCGAUCCUAGAAGCCUUUGGUAACGCUCAGACAGUGCGAAAUAACAACUCCUCGAGAUUCGGCAAGUUCAUUAGAAUCGAGUUCUCCAGCAAUGGCUCAAUCGCGGGUGCUUUCAUAGACUGGUACCUCCUUGAGAAAUCUCGAGUGGUCCAUGUUAAUGCCAACGAGCGCAACUACCACAUCUUCUACCAGCUGCUCAAGGGCGCAGAUCGGAAGCUUAAGCAAGAGCUUCUGCUGGAUAGCAUGGAUGUAAAGGAUUUCACUUAUACACGGGAUGGUCAUGACACCAUUACAGGCGUGUCUGAUAAGGAGGAAUGGGAUUCGCUCAUUGAAGCCUUCUUGGUGAUGGGUUUCUCUGACGAAGAGCAGGUCGCAAUCCUCCGAACGAUUGCGGCCGUCCUCCACCUGGGUAAUAUCACCGUGGUCAAGGAGAGCAGAUCGGCCGAUCAAGCGCGGCUUAACCCUGAUGCCAAGGCGAUUGCCGGAAGGGCUUGCAAGCUUCUCGGCGUACCUUUGGAACCCUUCCUCCAGGGUUUGCUGCAUCCCAGGGUCAAGGCUGGUCGGGAAUGGGUCGAAAAGGUGCAAACCCCAGAGCAGGUUCGUUUGGCCAUAGACGCUCUUGCCAAGGGUAUCUACGAGCGAGGUUUCGGCGAUCUUGUAGCGAGAAUCAACCGCCAGCUCGAUAGGACCAGCAUGGGUCUUGACGACACGCGCUUCAUCGGUGUUCUUGAUAUUGCUGGCUUCGAGAUUUUCGAGACCAAUAGCUUUGAACAGCUCUGCAUCAACUACACCAACGAAAAGCUUCAGCAGUUCUUCAACCACCACAUGUUCGUUCUCGAACAGGAAGAAUAUGCCAGGGAACAAAUCGAGUGGAAGUUCAUCGACUUCGGAAGAGACUUGCAGCCCACCAUCGACUUGAUCGAGCUACCAAAUCCGAUUGGUAUUUUCUCUUGCCUCGACGAGGACUGCGUAAUGCCCAAGGCCACCGACAAGACUUUCACUGAGAAGCUGAACUCCUUGUGGGACAAAAAGUCGCAAAAGUAUCGGCCUUCUAGGCUUGGACAAGGCUUCAUCUUGACUCAUUAUGCUGCCGAGGUCGAGUACUCGACAGAAGGGUGGCUGGAGAAGAACAAAGAUCCACUCAACGACAACAUCACACGUCUCCUGGCCGCUUCCACCGAUAAGUACAUGGCCAACCUGUUUUCCGAUUGUGCUGAUCAAGAUGAUGAAGCUGGAGCUAUGCGUAGCCGCGUGAAGAAGGGACUUUUCCGAACUGUUGCGCAGAGACACAAAGAGCAGUUGUCCAGUUUGAUGACACAACUGUAUUCUACUCACCCGCACUUUGUGCGUUGCAUUAUUCCCAACCACAAGAAGAAGCCAAAGCAAUUCCAGAGCCUUCUUGUCUUGGACCAGCUUCGUUGCAAUGGUGUGUUGGAGGGUAUUCGUAUCGCUCGAACUGGUUUCCCCAACAGGUUGCCGUUUGCCGAGUUUAGACAGCGUUAUGAAGUUCUUUGCCCGAACAUGCCCAAAGGGUAUGUCGAGGGUCAGGCAGCCGCAAGGAUUAUGCUCGACAGGUUCGGCCUCGACAAGUCACUGUACCGUGUCGGCUUAACCAAGGUCUUUUUCCGCGCGGGUGUGCUUGCCGAAUUGGAAGAGAAGCGCGAUGCCAUCAUCACCGAAAUCAUGGCCAAGUUUCAAUCUCUGGCGCGUGGCUACAUUAAGAGGAGGAUUGCCUACAAGCGCCUUUACAGGGCAGAGGCAACCAGGGUCAUACAGAGAAACUUCCAAGUCUACCUAGAGCUGAGCGAGAAUCCAUGGUGGCAGCUCAUGGUCCGCAUGAAGCCUCUUCUCGGCGCCACAAGAACUGCAACAGAGGUCAAAAAGAGGGAUGAAAUGAUUCGUCAGCUUAGUGACCGGAUGAAGCAGGAAGCCAUGGAUCGACAGAGGCUGGAGGAGGAGCGUCGCAAUGUUCAUGCCGAGAUGCUGCGAAUCCAACAAACCCUCGAGAGCGAGCGUGCUUUGGCGCUUGACAAAGAGGAAAUCUUCAAGAGACUGCAGCUACGUGAAGCCGAGCUUGAAGACAAACUGGCGGGCGCUUUGGACGACCAAGAGCGCAUGGAAGAGCAAAUGGACGGUCUCCUUGAAGCCAAGAAGCGUGCUGAAGUCGACGUAGAGAAGUAUCGGACACAGCUUGAACAAGCCGCUACCAUUAUUGGAAGGUUGGAAGAUGAGAAAUCUGAACUUGCAAACCGGAUUGCGGAUUUGGAACGUCAAAUUGUCGAAAUCUCACAGAAGCAGUCUGAGCGCAGUGAACAGGAAACGGCACUGGAAAACGAGCUUAAGAUGCUACAGAGUCAACUCUCCCUGAAGGAUCGCAAAGUCAAGGACCUAGAAAGCAAGCUGCUCAAAAUCGAUCAGGAUAGCGAUGUCAAACUUCUGGCCACCGAGAAAGAACUUCAGAUUGCCAAGAGCAAAAAUGAGCAGCUGACUACAGAAAACACCCAGUUCCAGCAGCAGCUUACACAACUCUCGAAGACGUCAACCAGUUAUGAGGACCUAAUUCGUAAAAAAGAAAGCGAGCUUGCGAUUCUCCGCUCAGAAAACAAGCAACUGGCAACGGAGAGACGGAGCAUUGAUGAUCAAACAAAGAUGCUUGCUUCCGAAAGGGAGAAGGCCGCCGAAAGACUCCGGGAAGUCCAGGCUGAAUUGACUGCCAUGAAGUCGCAACAAGCUCAGCUGAUGAGGGAGGCCGAGGAUGCCAAGAAGCUUCUCCAAGCUCGUCUCUCGGAAGACGCUCAGGCAGACCAAAACCGCCAAGUGCUUGAGGCACAGAUCAAGGAUCUCAAGGAUGAGUUGUAUAACGCUCAGAUGGAACUUAGCAGGGAACGUCAGUCUCGUGAUGAUGUCCAGUUGCUUGGUGAACACAAGUAUCAGACCCUCAAGGACGAGUACAAUCACCUUAAUGAGUCCAAGAUUACAAUCGAGAAGGAGCUCUAUGCCCAGCAGGAUACGCUCCGGCGCGCGGUUGAGACUCGUACAACGCUUGAACAGGAGCGGGACGAUGCCCGCGAAGAAAUCCGCCGUCUUCGUAGUGCCAUGACCCAGGCCGAGGAAGCACGGCGUGAGGCCGAAGUGCUCGGAGAGCGAGCAGCAACCAAAAUCGCGCGAGAACGCGAAGAGAGUCUGCUCAAAGACCUCGACGCGGCAAACGACAAACUUAAGUGGUACGAGUCCGAAUGCGCCAAGUUAAACUACCAAGUUGAGGACCUCAACAAGGUGAUUAUCGAGUCGGGCGAGUUUGGUCUCAAAAACGAUCAGGCAAAGGAACGACUUGAGCGGGAACUCAAUACCGUGAGGAGCCGACUGGCCGCUUCUGAGAACGACAACCGCGCCCUUCUCAACAAGUUGCAACAAAAGGGCCUCGAGAUUGCAAGGUCCGCAUCAAGAGCCGGUGAAGCAUCUCGAGCUCAACUCGUCCAGGUACAGCGCGAAAAAACUAGAGUGGAGGAACAAAAUACCAAACUCAACAAGCAACUGGGAGAUUCUCAGGUCACUGUCGCCGGCUUGGAAAAGAAGGUGGAGAAAUUGCAACUCACAAUCGAAGACCUGAACCACGAACUUGCAAGGGAAACACAAGCCAGCCGCAAUGCCGAAAAGCUAUCGUCGAAUGUUACAGUUCAGCUAGCAGAGGCGAAUAGGACCAUUGAGUCUGAGCGGCAGUUGCGUACCCAAGCCCAAGGUACAGUCCGCACUCUCCAGUCAACCUUGGAUGCGCGUGAUAAGGAGCUGAUUGAGCUUCGGGCUCAACUCCUGAGCGCGCUGAAGACGGUCGAUCCCGACACAGACGACACUCAUGUCCAAACCGAAGGUGCAAGUGCCAGUGAAAGGUUCCUCAGCAAGAACUUUGAUCUUGUCCGGAAGAUUGAGGACUUGCAGCAGAACCUUCGUGUCCAGACUACUGCACGCGCCAGUGCCGAAGCCCAGCUAGCGGACCUGAGGACUAGCAGGAAUGACUCCCCGACCAGGCCGCGGCUCGAGGAAAUCAGUCCUAACGAGGCACCUUUCACCGGAUCACCGACGCAGAAGCGCAAGACAAACGGACGACACCACUCCAAUGCGUCCACUUCUCCUCGUGAACGUCGUUUUACAAACAGCGACUCGGAGAAUCUCCAUGAUUCUGUCCGUUCGGACCGCACGGCAGAUAUCGUCAGCUUCAACACUCGCAUGGAUUUCAAGGCUGAGAUUGAAGAGCUACAGAAUCAGCUUCAGCUUGCACAGAUGCAAAACCGUCAUCUCCAAAGCCAGCUGGAGCGUACCGCGUCGGGUGAAGAAGACGCAUACCUCGACGAAAGCCCACAGCUUCGGCGGGUGCAGAAGCUUGAAAAGGCCAACAACCGACUUCACGAACUCCUUGAUGAUUCCUCCAAGAAAGUGUCGGCUUUGGAGAAGGCUCUUCGCACCGGUGAGCUGUCGCUUCGUGACAUCCAGACCAGGUCUCAUGAAGAAAUCCUCGACUUGCUUAAUAGCCAGGAGGACUCGCGACGGUCACUCUUGCACAGCCACAAGGAUGCGGUUGCAGAGCUGACGGAACUCAAAGAGCACUAUGACAAGGUACGACACGAGCGUGCCAAGCUUGAAGUCGAUCUCCGCGACGCCAGGUCGGAUCUCCAAGAGAUGUCGCUCGCCAGGGAUCAGGAGGCUGCAAGCCGGAGCCAACUACUCCAAGAGUUUGCGGACCUCCAGAUUCGCCUGGAUGCUGAGGCGUCCAAGCUGGCUGACGUAACAGCAAGCCUUAACCUCUAUAAAGGUCGGGCGGAUGAGUACUUCAGCAAACUUGAACAGGCAGAGAUUGCCGUUCUCAAGGCCAACCGGGCGGAGGCGUUCGCUAGAGCGCAAGCCAAGGAAGCGGAGGACAGCUGUGCGGAGAUGAUGUCGGAGAGGAAGCGUCUGGAUACAAUGAUUGAGGAUCUGCAACACUCGAACCAAAGGUUGGAAGAGAAGAUUGAAGACAUGUCGACGGACCUUGCCGCCGUUACUCAGGCCAAGAAGAGGCUUCAGCACGAGCUCGAAGAUUACCGCAACCAGCGUGCUAACGACAUUGAGGAUAAGGAAUCGAGCAUGGAGCAGAUGCGCAAGAAGUACCAGGCCGAGUUUGCGACACUGGCCAACGAGCUCGAUCGGGCCCGCGAGGAGAAGCUACGCAAGCAGUCGGAGAUUACGAGACUCCGGGAAGAGCUGGACGAGCUUCGGUCCAAGUGGGAUGACGAGGUCCUCAACAGCUCGACGUGGUCUAAGGAGAAGGCGCGGCUGGAGGCGACUCUCUCGGACGUGGUGGCCUCUCGCGACGAAGCUGUCAGCGCCCACAACGAGGCUCAAAGCAAGAUUGUCACGCUCCUUGGCCAGGUACGGUCGCUCCGCUCGUCUCUUGACGAGAUCACGGCUGAGCGCGACGCCCUAUUCCGUGAGAAGAGGAGCAUCGAGGCAAGGCUUGAAGAGGCCAAGGCUGGUCUCGAUGAGCUGGCCAACAGCGAGAGCCCGUCGCUGCGCAACGCGGCGCACAUGGACAGGGAGAUCCUAGAGCUCAAGUCUAGCCUUGCUCAACAGGAAGACAUCGCUGCGGCUGCCGUCGAGAAGAUGCGGCGCGCCGAGGCGCUUGCUGCCGAAGUCCAGAAGGACAUUGCUGCUGAGCGCGAGAACAAUGCCGAUUUGCAGAAGCAAAAGGUUACUCUCGAGAAGAACUUUAACGAGCUGCAGAUGAAACUCAUUGAUCUUGAGACCAAGGGCUAUUCCACUGCCAGCCACGACAUCAAAUUCUUGCACAGCCGCAUCAAGGAGCUUGAAUCCCAGCUCGAAGAGCAAGAAAACGAGCGCAGCAAAUCCCAGCGUUCCGUCCGCAACGUCGACCGCAUCGUUAAAGACCUGCAGUCCCAGAUCGACCGCAAGGACAAGCAGAACACGCAACUCCAAGAAGACGUGACGCGCAUGCGUGACAAGGUUGACAAGUUGCUCAAGACCAUUGACGAGCUGCAAUCCUCGGAAUCGGCCAAUGAGCUGUCAGCCCGUCGCGCGGAGCGUGAGCUGCGCGAGGAAAAAGAAAAGGCCCUGAGGCUGGAGCGCGAGCUCGAAGGGUGGAAAAACCUCCGCAUGGAGAAGGGCUCCGCUAUGGGCGGCGGCGGCGGCGGCAGCGGCAGCGUGGCAGGAAGUGUGCUGGGUAGUAUCCGGGGCAAGAGGACGUUCACAAAUGAUAAUAUGCAGAUGGAUGGUGUGAUUGAGAUUCCGAAGAGGAAGAGCAGCAUUAGUAGGGCGCCGAGUCUGACGAAGGGGUUUAUUUGAGCUUUGAGGUGUCUAUAGGGAUGAAGAUGAAAACUUGUUGGUGGUGAUGAGAAGAAAGUGCAAGGGGUGUAAUUAAGUUGGUAUGGUGGAGAGGGCAGUCUCUAGACAUCUGGAAUAAUUCUGUUGGUUUACUUGUCCUGAAGAAAGCUGAGAAGCUGAUGUUGUUUAAAGGCCGAUCGUGUGUUAGGAAGGGGCUGAGAAGGGCGGAAUUAGGUGGUUUCUCUCAAGACGUUUGUCGUACAUAUAGCUGUUUGCUAACUUUGUAUGUUAGUUGGUGUAUAUGAUGAAAGUAUUGUGUGUUAGGUUGUG